AUGCGCUUCUCACGUUCUUUGAAGAGCAAGCGGUCACCUAUCGAGGUGAGGAGAGCCGGAGCGGCGGCGUUCCGGAACACGGACCGCCUUCAGGUCUUGUUGGAACAGUGGACUGCCUGCGAUGGUUGCUGGGCCCAAUCAGACUUUGUCAUGCAAAUCCGUUCCAAAUCUCGGCAUCGCCAGAUUGGAUCCCGCAGAUGGCUCACAAGAGCCGAGUUGCUCCAGAAGUAUGGCAGCCAGGCAGUGGUGGACAGCAUCAUCGCUGCGAAGAUGCACCCGGAUGUGGCUCCAACACAUGUCAGAUCCAACCCGGACUGCCACGGGCAUGACUGUGAGGAGACCCGGCAGUAUCUAGUGUGGGACAAGGACGCUAUCGAAGAAACGCAGGACUUGGUGACGACUCAACUUUUUGAAGCUGCGGAGGGCAAGGGUGAGUCUGAGCAUUCCGGGAAAAGCAAGAAGAAGAGCUCGAAGAAGAAGAAGACUGCCAGGGGAAAGCAUAGCAAGAAGGCCAAGGGAAAGAAGAAGAAGAAUCGCAAGUCGUCGUCGUCUUCUCAGAGCUCAGAGUCAGACUCUGACUCAGAGUCCAGUUCAGCUUCGUCGGCUUCAGCUCCAGAAUCUGAGGCUGGUGGGUGUGCAGGGUGUUUAUUGCCUGUGACAAAAAAACCAGGCAAAGGCAAGGCUGUUAAGGGAGGAAAGAAUGGGAAGGACGGAGCCAACAAAAAGGAAGAGACACCAGAGGAAAAAAAGAAACGUCAAGAGAAGGAGCAAGAGGAGGCAAGGAAGAAGGAAGAGAAGGCAAAAGAAAAGCAAAAGAAUGCAGAGUUCAAGAAGGAACAGCGCAAGGGUACCCAGGCCUUGACGAAGAUCAACAACCAGAUUUCGACUGCGGCGUUCUUGGAAGACAAGCUCCAUAACAUGAGCAAAAGCGUUUCGGAUGCCAUUCUGGCCGAAGUCAAGCCCCACAUCACCAGCCUGAAGACUAUGCGUGGCAAGCUUCAGAAAGCUGUUGAUCUGGCGAAGGAGAUUAACCAGAUCCGCAUACCAGUUUUCAACGACAAAGUGCCUGGAAAGGUGAGUGUGGAAAGUUUUCCGAUCAUUGAUCCACACUCUAUAUUGAGCUAUCUUUUUGACGAGGUUGGAAUCCAGCUUGACCAUCAGGAUAUUGCAAGAUUUUGGCAGCAUUCGCGUGCUAUGGGUGAGCCGUGGGCACUGGCCAGUCCAGCCACAGAGGCCCAUGUACCACUUGGCCUUCACGGUGACGGGGCAAGGCUGUGGACAAUCUACCAAGUCGAGAAAAUGGUCGCCAUCCACAUCAACAUCAUACACUUUCGCCCAACGAGUGUACGCCACAGCCGGUUUUUGGUCUUCACUUGCCCAAGAGAGAAGCUCAUCAAGAACCGGUCACUCAACGUUGUGUUUCGCCGCUUGACCUGGUCGCUAAAUUCAGCUUUUGAAGGGAUACAUCCAAGAACGGGACCAGCUGGUGGCCCACUUUUUGGAAGAGCUGCAAAGCUAGCGGGAACACCACUAUGCAAAACUGGCUUGCAGUUUUGCAUGUGCGAGCUGAGAGGUGACUGGGAAUGGUUUCGUGACAUCUUUAGAUUCACGGCCUCAUGGCAGUCCAGGGAGGUCUGCUACAGGUGCCCGGCUGUUGCCAAGUUGCUACCUGGAGAUGACGACGAUGGCCACAUUUACUACAACAACUCAGAGAGCAGCACUUGGCUGCGCUAUGAAUUUAGCCUACAGCAAUUUGUGGCACGACGCCUAAAGGAGACCAACCUUUGCCCUUUGCUGAUGCUCAAAGGGUUCCAUCCUGGAUGCCUAAAGUUCUGCAGCAUGCAUGCAAUUAACCUUGGUUUGCUUUUUGCUUGCAAUGGAGGAGCCUUGCUUUUGCUGUGUGAAGAUUUGCUAUUCUUCGGGGGUGGCGCUUUCGAUCAACAAUUGGAUCGGGCCUAUGCAAAUUUCUUGGGAUUUUGCCGUGCUCGGCGGAUUCCCCAUUCGCAACCGCCGUUUAUUCCGCGUAUGGUCAAGAAACGGAAUGGCGAUGAGAUGUUGACUGCAAAGGCCUACAAUGGCAGGGUCAUCUGUAGUUGGCUGAACCAUGCCCUGCUGGAAGCGCUUGAUCUGCACCCUAACCAUGAGAUUUUGAAUCUCACUAGUGCUGCUUUGAACCUUGGACAUGUAUGGUGGUCAUUCCAUGGUCCCACCCAUCCAGUCAGGUUGACCCUUUUCUUAUCCCAGCCUUCUAUACUACCAAUCGAAUUAGCUGUGAGUUUGCGGUAUAAUUGGAGGUUGAACACUGGCCGUUGCCCCAGACCACUUCCCACUCCGCUCUGCCAUGCCUUGUGA